UCAAGAAUCUAUACUCAAUCUCAUUGCUUCAUCUGUAAACACACAUAACCUUUAUCUCUUUAUCAUCUCCUGAAUAAUUCGGAGUUCAAGAUAGAAAGAAAGGAAGCUUUCAUUAAGCUUUAGCUUCAGGAAAAGACAGAUUCUCUUACUUCUAAUUAAAAAGUCUCCUCUUCCUUCGCUUUUCCAUUUCUUCUCCUUUCCGACAAAAAGAGAAGACAACCGUACAAGUAGAACCGUCUUUCUCCUGUCCUAACCUUCAGCAUAAAGAAAAGGGGAGAAUAAUAUAAAACUAAUUAAAAGGGAGUUUCUUCAGCUGCAAGUUUCUAUAUAUCCAUCAUGGGAGAUCAUUUCGUGCUCCUGGUGGAUCGGUUGAUAACAGAAGCGACGAUUGAGGAAGCCAUUCAGAGCAGGAACCGUAUGUUGCAAGGCAACGCACCCGUCGAGGAGGAAUGUAGAAUCCUGGACGAGAAAACACUUGAGAAGCUGCGUAAUGGAGAUUUGAAGAUGGUGCAGUGUAGGAUUUGUCACGACGAGGAUUUGGAUUGUAACAUGGAGACUCCUUGCUCUUGCAGCGGUAGCUUGAAGUAUGCACAUAGGAGGUGCGUGCAGAGAUGGUGUAACGAGAAGGGAGACACCACCUGCGAGAUUUGCCAUCAGGAGUUUAAGCCGGGCUAUACAGCACCAUCUCCAUUGUUAGAGUUAGGUCAUGUUCCUCUUCACUUCAGGGGAAACUGGGGAGUGUCUCAACGUGAGCAUCGUUUCAUCACAGUUGUACCUGCAGAUCCCACUUUCCUCGACGACCAUCAUCAGUAUCCUCUUUCUUCCUCCACAAGCUUCAUCUGUUGCCGUUCCCUUGUUCUAAUCUUCAUGGCUCUUCUGAUUCUCCGACACACGCUCCCCUUAGUCCUCACCGGUUCAAACCUCCAUGUUUUCCCUUUGUUCACGUUGUUGUUUCUGAGAAUACUCGGGAUCAUGCUACCAAUCUAUAUCGUCACAAAAGCAGUAGCCACCUGUCGCCGCCAUUCUCAGACCUUAGAAACCUCUGAGUCUGAAGAUUCAUCUGACGAAGAAGCAGAGUUAUGGCGCUUCCCUCGAACGCAAUCUUACAUUAUAGGAGUGCCAUGAGAGCAUUGUUUCUUUUCCUUUCACAUACACAAUGUCUCUGUAAAUAUACUCACUUAUACAUGUAAAGUGUUGACCUGGAUUUAACAGAUUGAACAAAAGAAAAAAAAAAGUAUAUAAUUGGCAAA